UGAUGAUGUGUUGCAGUAGAUUUCAGCAAAUACCUGCCACUUUACAGAGCUAUAGUGGCAGAAAAUUGGGAAGAAGCUAAAAUAUUCUUCAACCAAAACCCAUCAGCAAUCCAAUCUCCACUCAACUAUAACUUAGACACUUCAUUGCAUGUUGCUGCUAAAGCUGGAAAUGCCUCAUUCGCGGAAAAGCUAGUAGCAGUGAUGCCAGAUGAAGGGCUUCGCCGCAAAGAUGUGUCUGGCCAAACCCCACUUCACGUCGCUGCCUGGCAUGGAAACGUUGAGGUGGCCGAAAUCCUUGUUCGGAGGGAUUAUAAUCUCCUCUACGUUCACACCCAAGAUGGUUUAUUCCCCAUCCAUUUUGCAGCUCGGAACCAUCGCAAAAGCAAGGACGCCUUUCUGUAUUUCUUCCGUCUCACUAAGGAUGAUGAAUACGGCCAACCUAAUCCAUAUGAAUGCAGCCCAAUUGGUGUGUCUAUUCUUGUUAACCUAAUUGGAUCCAAAUUCUAUGAUUUGGCGCUGAAGUUGGUUAAAAAGUACCCUGAUUUGGGCCGUCAUAACGGGUUGUGUAGCAAUAUGUCUGCUUUGGAUACCAUCGUUAGAUUCGACUGUCCUAUUAUUAACAAACACAAUCUAAGCUUUUGGCAAAGUUUCAUAUACUAUUGUGUUUCUAAGGGGUCAACAUCUGCGGUGUUAGGGAAGAGCAUUGUAAACAAAAUGGUGAUGCACCAAGAAGCUGUGAAGCUUCUUAAAUGCUUGUGCGACCAACUCAAAACCCUAAAUGAAAAACAAGUGCUCUCACUCACAUUGGGUGCAAUGUUUCGAGCAACAAGUUCAGACAUCUGCAAUGUCAUUCUAAAUAUUGUGGAAGCGUAUCCUUUGAUGGCGUAUUCCACAAACUCCAUGGGGCAGAAUAUACUUCACGCUGCAGUAGAGAAUCGCAGCGAAAAUGUUUUUAACCUUGUUUGUGGAACCAGGGUGCUUAGGAGUCUUUUAUCGGAUAGUGAAGACAGAAAUAAGAAUAGCGUUUUGCAUUUGGCUGGGAAAUUGGCGCCUCCACACAAACUAAAUCUUGUUUCUGGUGCAGCUCUUCAGAUGCAACGAGAGUUGCAAUGGUUUAAGGAAGUGCAGAAAAUUGCGCCAUCAUAUUGCCUGUCAUUUCGAAAUGUAGAUGAUAAAACUCCGAAUAUGAUCUUUACGGAGGAACAUAAGGGGUUAAAAGAGGGAGGGGAGAAAUGGAUGAAAGACACAGCAACUUCAUGCACAAUUGCAGCAGUCCUUAUUGUUACUGUCGUCUUUGCAGCUGCCAUUACAGUUCCUGGUGGCAACAAUGGUGGAAAUGGCCUCCCAAUCUUCUCCAACCACACUGCUUUCACCGUAUUCGCCAUCUCAAAUGCUGCCACUCUCUAUACAUCCACCACGUCCUUGCUCGUCUUCUUGUCCAUCCUAACUUCUCGCUAUGCAGAGCAAGACUUCCUAUAUGCUCUUCCCAAGAGAUUAAUCAUAGGCCUCUUCACCUUAUUUUUGUCCAUAAUAUUUAUGAUGAUUGCGUACUCUGCCACAGUCUAUCUCGUAGUUGGGCAUAACAGAAGGGGAGUUCUUAUUAUAGUGGCUGCACUUGCUUGUUUGCCUGUCACUUCAUUUGUGCUUCUUCAAUUCCCGCUGCUUGUAGCUUUGGUGUCAUCUACGUACGGACGGGGCAUUUUCGAUCACCGUGGCUUUCCCCAACUCCUAGUUUGACUUAAUUGCCGCAUAUAUGCCACUCAUAAUUAUUACUGCUUCAUAACAGGCAAAUUAAACUUAUUUGUAAUAUAAUGCUUCAUUUCAAUAUUUCAUUCUGUAGUCCAUUUAAAAUCGCACUUUUAGUCCCCCAA